UGCAAGUUCGCGCCACAAUGCUUAGAAAGGCGUGAGGCGGGGACGUAAACGGUUCAUAUGAUUCGACGCACGAAAGAGGCAACUCCGCGUUUAAACUCAAUGGUCUAUAAAUAGACCUGCCGUAGACCUAAGAGAGCUUACCCAUGGCCCGUCCUUAUCGAAUUCUUCUGUUAAGAAAUAAUUCGUGACCUUCGAGUCGGAUUGAAUUUCCGAUUGCGAGAACGAUGAGGCACACCAAAAAGGCUUGGUCUUGGCCCAUAACUGUACUAAGAAAACGAGAAAGCCUACUAAAUGCCCAGUCCAUGAUCAUGGGUGACAGCGCACGGCUGAAUUUGAAGUCAAGCUGGGGUGCAGAAGCCUCAUUAUUUGCCGCUCUUGCGGUUGAACGCACGGCAACGCAUAGGCUGGCUUAUUAUAGAACGAUACUAGCCAGCUUUCAGUCUGUUACGAGUGAACACCGAUGGGUUUUGAUAAACUAGAAGGAUGUCGGAAUGUUCAAUUGUGAACUCAAUAGGAGGCGGGAGCCUCAUGUAACGGAUGUCCGAAAAGAGUUCCGCAGCGAGCUUCUUGUUUGAUGCGGAUAUAUUUUCCUCCCCUGUUUUCCACGAUGUGAAGAUCCUUCAAAAGGGAAUAAUAUGGCACGAAAAGGUAUGCACAGCCUGAAGGUUCUCCGUGUUCUUGAGCUUAGCGACCUCAGUUCACAGCCCCAUAGAAGCCGUGAUAUAUCCCCACGUCAUGGCCGGAUUCCAUUGCAAC